AUGGGUCAUUCUCCGUAUCUCAUUCCCUCACUUUUCAAGGCAUCAUUGACAGAUGACACCUCCUCUGAAGUGGAGCUCGUGUCCAAACUCAUCUGUUUUAUUGAGACCGACAUUUUGGAGGCUCAGGACAAUCUCUUCCUCGUGAAGGUGAACCAGGCAGCACUGGCUAACUGCUUGUGA